AUGAGAAAGGGUCCGGUGUUUCGCUCGCUGAAUCAGUGGCUGGCUGCCGUACUCAACAACUAUAAAGUGUUUUUCAGCGUGUGUAAUGAAGUGUGGCGCGUGUGUUACCGGUCUUUACCUUUCCUGGCGAUCGUAUGCCAAGGUCAGCAGAACGACAGCGUCAAUGGACGUAAUACGUUGAGAAACGGGAACGACUCUCCGAAAGAAGGUGUCACAACGGCUAAGCAGUCAGCAGCAGUUACCCCGACAAUUUCUCCUGAGAGGUGA